CUCUUCGGCCUCCGCCAUUGUGGUGUAAGGACUGUGCACGAAAUGUCGUCCCACAAGACUUUCAGGAUCAAACGCUUUCUCGCCAAGAAGCAGAAGCAGAACAGGCCAAUUCCACAGUGGAUCAGAAUGAAGACUGGCAACAAGAUCAGGUAUGUGUGUUAUCUGCCUAGCCUCCCUCUGUACGGUGUAACUGGUGCUGAAUGCACGAUAUGACGAUCUAAAGCAGGUCUGCAAUUGCAGUGCUUCCAUUCAGUGGGAGUGGUGUCAUUAAUCCUGCUGAGAGUAAUCAAAUCAAUAUCAAAUUGUAUUUGUCACGUGCUGAAUACAAAAGGUGUAGAUCUUACAGUGAAAUGCUUACUUACAAGCCCUUUACCAACAAUGCAGUUAAAAAUAAGUUAACGUAUUUAGUAAAAUUAUAGUUAAUGAUUAAAUGUACCUUCCACUUUGGAGUUCACGUCACCUGUGACUGUUCUCUUUUAGUAGAGCAAUGGAGAUAAGUAUCAUAGCUGUCUACUGAAGUAAUGUGGUUCUUGUUUAUCCAAUAGUAAGUUUGUCUUUCAACCAUAUUGGGGCUGACAUCCCCAUUGUGGAUGAAAUCUAUUGGCAGUACCUCAACCUCAUUUCCUUUGCUUUUGGGCAUAUGGAAAUGACUCCUUGGAUGUCUGCCAAGUUAUUGUGUAGAAACAAGCUUAAGUACAAACUGUCUUAAUACCGAGAAACUU